AUGAAGGCUGCCCGCCGUCCCAUGCGGGUGCUCUCGGGCGUCCCUACCACCUACUCGUCCGCCAGAUACGUCAGCCGUACCAGCAACCCCAAGUCCUCCGCUGCUGCGUCCACCCCCACCAACACCCUGUUGCAGCAGCAGGCCGCCGUUCCCUCCAAGGAUGCGACGGGAUCGCCCCUGGCCAAGCUCCCGAUCUCCUCCGUCCUGCGGUCGCUGGUGAUCCUGUCCGUCUCUUCUUCCACCCUCCUGCUAAAGCCGUGCAUCUUCGCGCUCUCGACCCUGGCGCACCCCAAGACCCCCGUGUUGGAUGUCGCUAAGAACCCUCUGUUGAACGCCCUCGUCAAGCACACCCUGUACAAGCAGUUCAACGCCGGUGAGAACAAGCUCGAGGUGCAGCAGUCGAUCCAGGCGAUCAAGCAGUUGGGUUACCGGGGUGUUCUGCUGGGUUACGCUCGCGAGGUCCUGGUGGGUGAGGGGAAUGUCGACCCGCGCGACGAGAAGGCUGCGCGGGCGGAGAUCCAGACGUGGCUGGAUGGAACCUUGCAAACUGUGGACAUGGCCCAGGAAGGCGACUUUGUGGCCCUGAAGUUCACCGGUAUGGGUACACAGGUGCUUGAAUUCUUGCAGAAGCAGGCUGCUCCCUCGGAGUUCAUGGAUUACGCUAUCACCAAGGUCUGCGAUUUGGCCAUCUCGCGCAAUGUGCGACUUCUCGUCGAUGCUGAGGAGCAGGCGGUGCAGCUUGGCAUUGAAAGAUGGGCCUUGAAGUACCAGAAGUACUGCAAUGCGAAGACCCCUGGCCAUGCCAUUUUCUACAACACCUACCAGGCCUACCUCCGCUCGACCCCGGCUACCAUUGCCAAGCACCUGGAGGUUGCCCGCCAGGAGGGUUACACGGCUGGUGUGAAGCUGGUCCGUGGUGCUUACCUGAAGACUGAGCCUCGCCACCUGAUCUGGGCUGCAAAGGAGGAGACCGACGCCUGCUACGACGGUGUUGUGGAGGCUCUCCUGACUCGCCGCUACAACUCGAUGCUGCAGCCCGCUUCCGAGGAGCACAAGACCGAGCUGCCCCCUGUCAACGUUAUCAUCGCCACUCACAACCGGGACUCUGUUCGCAAGGCCCACGCCAUCCGUCUCCAGCAGGCUGCUCGCGCUGAGAAGCAGGGAGUUGACCUUAGCUACGCCCAGCUGCAGGGUAUGGCCGAUGAGGUCAGCUGCGAGCUCUUGCAAGGCUUCUCUAGCGCCGAUGGUUCCGCCUCCCAGGAGACCCCUAACGUGUACAAGCUCCUGACCUGGGGUACUGUCAAGGAAUGCAUGGGUUUCUUGAUGAGACGUGCCGUGGAAAACACCGAGGCGGUUGGCCGUACCAAGCAGUCGCAGGAGGCUAUGCUUGGAGAGCUUAAGCGCCGCGUUCGUCGGGUGUUUGGUCUUCUAGACUCUGCCAUUGUCACAUCGCCAACAUCCUCCUCCUUCACCAUGCGUCUUCUUCCUGAGCCAGCGGUCGCCCAGAUCCUGCGACAGUUGACCCCUGCACAAUGCCAUGACCUUCUUGACGCUCUCUGUGAGGGUCUUACCACUGUAUCGUCAGAGUCCUCCACACCAAGCCACGAGCGACUUGUCCAUCAGCCGCUCCGCAGCACUAUCGUCACCAAAGACCAGAACCUCUCCCUUUUCAUGCCCGUUUCCAACACUGUCCACACCGGCUUCAAAGUGGUAACCGCCUCCCAAGCAAACGGUAUCAUCGGCGUCAUCAACAUCUUCUCCCCAGAAGGUAAAUUGCAAGGACUCCUCAGUGCUGCGGAGAUCACAGCCUUCCGCACCGCCUUGGCGGUUAUGUCGCUGUUCAUUCGCUGCACAACCCUCAACAAAGAGCACAUCUUGAUCUUUGGCUCUGGACGCCAGGCAGAAUGGCAUGCGCGACUAGCCCUGCUUCUCGUUCCAGGUCAGAUCAAGAGGAUUACCUUUAUUAAUCGCGGUCGCCGGCGGCUGGACGAGCUGGAGAGAGAUGCGAUCGCUGAUCUACGGUCUGCUCAUCCCGACAAGACCUUUACUACUUUGGUCAAGGAAGAUACACCGAAUUACGAGGAACAGUUACGGAGUGAACUGGCUGCUUGCGAUGUCAUCUUCAGCUGUACGCCGGCGACCGAGCCAAACUUUCCGUACACCUAUCUGCAGCCGUCCAAGCGGCGGUUUCUCUCACUUAUCGGCUCGUACAAGCCGCAUAUGCGGGAGAUUGAUACUGAGACGCUGCUGUCGGGCGGAGGGAAGGUAUAUGUGGACUCGAAGGAGGCGUGCUUGGAAGAGUCCGGGGAGUUGAUUCUAGCCGAGGCGAAAGAAGAUCAACUUAUUGAGAUUGGUGAGCUGUUCGGUAAAAUGCGAAAAGAUGAGUCCAUUGAUGUGCCGGAAGGGUGUAAUGUGGUGUUCAAGUGCGUGGGGAUGGGGAUUAUGGAUUUGGUGGUCGGGAAUAAGCUGUUGGAAGUUGGUCGGGCUAGAAACAUUGGUAUGGAAGUGGAUGGGUUUUAA